AUGGCUACAGCCUCUAUCGAGAUUCCUUUUCUCGCUUCGCACUACGGUAUCACCGAAGACACAUUGACCACAAUUUCGCAAGCUCCGACAGUUGCUCUUGUGAAUCAGUUGUUGGAAAGUAUCACGGUCAAGGCUCGUGAAUCCGAUGAGCUGAAAUCCGAUAAGCUCCGCCUCGAAGUCGAGUUGGAGAAUGCAGUCCGUGCCAGCGAGUCAAAGAUCAAGGUGUUGAAGAACUCUGUUGAGAAGGGGUUGAACGAAACGGCUACCCUGCGCACCCGCCUUCAGGAGUCUGAAAAUGGUAGAUCGACCCUCGAAUCCGAGAUCACGGCUCUCAAGUCGUCCACUACCUCGAAUGAGUCCGAAGUCAACGGUUUAAAAUCGCGUAUAUCAUCUCUCGAGAGUUCGAACCGUGAUACCUUGGCUCUUCUCGAGUCCAAGACUACUGCCUACGAUAAACUGUCUGAAGAACUUACCACUACUCAUCAAAAGACCGUUGAACUCCGACGUCAACUUUCUACUGCCGAACAGAACCUCCAGUCAGCAAACUCUUCAUCCACGAGUUCCCGCUUCCGAGAACAGAGUCUUCAGCAGGAACUUGAGUUGACCAAGAAGAAUAACGAAUAUUUCGAGGCCGAGCUCAAGGCUAAAUCGGCUGAGUACCUCAAGUUCCGUAAAGAGAAGAACGCCAGAGUUGCCGAACUUCAACGAGAAAUGGAGGAAGCUAGCUCAACGAUUGAUCAACUUCGCCGCAGCGAGAAUGCCUUGAAGAGCCGGUUAGAUGAUAUUGAGCACAAGUACGAGGAGUCAAUUGCUGCUAUGCAGUCGCUCAGGGAGGAUGCUACUUCGACUUCUGAGGCACUCCGGAUUGAACUUGAGAGCGCCAACCGCUUGGCCGAACUUCAGGGUAAUGCAGCAGCAACCGCUAAACAACGUGUACAAGAGUGCCAGAUUGCACUGGAGAAGGCACGUGAUGAUGCUGCUGAGGAAAUUGCGAGGCUCCGCGCUGAAAUCGAGACCGAACACUCUGAUAAGGAGACUGCCGAACGCAAGGUUGCCGAGCUAGAAGCCAAGUUGAACCAAGCAGAGACACAAGCACCAUUCAGCCCUGGUCCAAUGAACGGAGGACCAUCAACACCAAUCCGCGCAUCGACACCCAUAGGCACAUUCUCUCCGCGUACAUCCAGAGGUCGCGGCGGUUUGACUUUGACGCAAUUAUACACCGAAUAUGAUCGAGUCCGAAGUCAGCUUGUAGCUGAGCAACGCAACAAUGCCGAGCUAAAAGCUACUCUCGAUGAGAUGGUUCAGGAUCUAGAGUCUAGCAAGCCCGAAAUCGACGAAUUGCGUGCAGAUCAUGCAAGGCUUGAGAAUGCAGUCGUGGAAAUGUCAGAGGUCCUCGAGACUUCUGGGAAGGAACGCGAUGAAGCGACACGUGAGGCGAGGAAGUGGCGCGGCCAAGUUGAGGGUCUUGCCAGAGAAACUGAAAUUUUACGACAGCAACUUCGCGAUCUCAGCGCUCAGGUUAAGGUUUUGGUACUCGAAGUUGCUCUCGCCAAGGAGGACCAGGAAUACGAUCGAGAUGAUUUGGAAAAGCUCGCUCGUAAUGAGAUUGAAGAAUCUAUGGCUUCGCUUAAUGCUACAGGUCGCUUUAUCACUCAGAAUUUGACUACUUUCAAGGACCUUGGUGAGCUACAAGAGCAGAAUGUCACAUUGCGCCGCAUGCUUCGAGAACUGGGCGACCGGAUGGAGAGCCAAGAAGCCCGAGAAAGAGAGUCAGCUUACCUACAAGAUCAGGAGGAAUUGAAGGAAUUGCGCAUCCGGGUACAGACGUACCGAGACGAGAUCAUGAAUCUUACUGCGCAAACUAAGAGCUAUGUUAAGGAGCGGGAUACGUUCCGUAGCAUGCUCAUGCGCAGAGGUCAAGGUGGCGGUGAGAGUUCCAUCUUCUCACAGUCGGUUCCUCUUGGUUCCGCACCCCCCACGAUACCACAGCAAACCGCCGAUGGUACUGAUUAUGCAGACUUGCUCCGCAAAGUCCAAGCUCAUUUCGAUACGUUCCGUCAAGAAACAGCAACAGAUCAUUCUGCACUCAAACAGCAAGUGAACGACCUGUCUCGCAAGAACAGCGAACUUAUGAACGAGGCUAGCCGAUUGAAUAGUCAAUUGGGCGCAGCAGCACAGCGAGCCGAGUUGCUGCAGAACAACUUCAACCUGCUCAAGAACGAAAACGUGGAAAUCCAGAAACGUUAUUCGAACUUGCUCGAAAAUGUCAACCGUCAAGAUAUCAAAACUCAGCAAGCUGCCGAGGAUCUGGUUGCUGCUAAAGGAAUGUGUGAUAGUCUACAACGUGAAAACGCCAACCUCAAGGCAGAGAAGGAUUUGUGGAAAAAUAUCGAAAAGCGACUCAUCGACGAUAACGAGUCUCUCAGGAAUGAACGCGGCAGGCUAGAUUCUCUGAAUACUAACCUACAAAACAUACUCAACGAACGCGAACACACCGAUGCCGAGAGCCGUCGCCGUCUCCAGCACAACGUUGAAUCUUUAGAGUCAGAGUUGCAAUCCACCAAACGGAAGUUGAAUGAUGAGGUUGAGGACGCCAAGCGCGCAGCUUUGCGUCGCGAAUACGAACACGAACAGUCCCAAAAGCGCAUCGAUGAUCUGGUCACAAGUCUUAGCUCUGUUCGCGAGGAAUUGAUUGCUGUCAAGACGACGCGCGACCAUUUGCAGACAAAGGUCGACGAACUCAGUGUCGAACUGAAGAGUGCUGAAGAAAAGCUCCAAGUACUGCAAACCAAGCCCGGUGCGGCUCCUGGUUCUACCACAGCGACGGCAGAAACUGAGCAGGCCCCUACUAGCGGUCUCACACGGGAACAAGAGUUGGCAAUCGAAGUGUCAGAGCUGAAGCGAGAUCUUGAGUUAGCUAGAACGGAUUUGGAACAUGCAAGGGAGCAAGUGGAGGAUUACAAGGCAAUCAGUCAGGCCACGGAGGAGCGUCUACAGUCGGUGACUGACACACAAGAGCAAUACCGUGAGGAGACUGAACAACUGGUGGAGGAGAAGGAUAGAAUGAUUCAAGAACUUGAGAAGCGCGUUGAAGAAAUCUCAUCCGAGCUUACGACAACCAACAAUGAGCUGUCCAAGUUGCGCGAUGAGCAGAGCGAGGUCUCACGACGAGUUGAGGACCAAAAGACAACCUAUGAAGCUGAAAUUUCACGACUCAGGGAUGAAGCUGAACGACAGCUUGAGAAUGCAAGGACGUAUGAGCAGAGUGUGCAGGCACAAGCUGAAAUUGCUCAGCAAGCUCAGCAGAACUAUGAAAGCGAGCUUGUUAAGCACGCCGAAGCUGCCAAGCUCCUGCAAACGGUCCGCUCCGAAGCGAACCAACUACGCCUGGAUAUUGUCGAUGUCAAAACUCAAGCAGAGAACGCCAAGAAAGACCUGGCCCAGAAGAAAGAGAGCUGGAGUGAACAGAAGGAUCGUUUUGAGAGAGAAGUUUCGGAUCUUCAGAAACGCCGGGAGGAAGUGCUACAUCAGAAUACUCUUCUACACAACCAAUUAGAGAACAUCACAAAACAGAUCACAGCUCUGCAAAGAGACCGUGCGAACAUUGUUGCGGAAGAGGAAGAAUCUGAGGGCACGAGUUCUAGUCUUGAGUCACUUCAAGAGGUUAUCAAAUAUCUGCGACGAGAAAAGGAGAUUGUUGAUGUUCAAUAUCACUUGUCUACUCAGGAAAGCAAGCGCCUGCGUCAACAGCUGGACUACACGCAAUCUCAACUGGAUGACACACGGCUCAAGUUGGAACAGCAACGUCGUGCUACGCUUGACAGUGAUCAUCAAAGCCUCAGCCAUAACAAGCUUGUUGAGACCUUGAAUGAACUCAAUGUGUUCCGCGAGAGCAGCGUUACACUACGCAACCAGGCUAGACAAGCAGAGGCAGCUCUCGCAGAAAAAUCGGCCCGUGUUGAUGAGCUUGUUCAACAAAUCGAACCUCUUCAGAACAAGAUCCGAGAACUAGAGAACCUUGUCGAAACUAAGGACGAAGAGAUGAAGCUCAUUCAUGCCGACCGUGAUCGCUGGCAACAACGCACAGAAAAUAUCUUGCAAAAGUAUGAUCGUGUCGAUCCCACAGAAAUGGAGAAUCUCAAAGAGAAGCUCUUAACCUUGGAGAACGAGCGCGACGAGGCUAUUGCUGCACGCGAUACAUUGCAACAACAAGUCGACGGCUUCCCAGAGCAACUUGCAAAGACGGCGGAAGACAGCAAGGCGGAGCUGCGUAGCAAACUAACUGAACAGUUUGUGAAGCGGUCAAAGGAACUCAGCGGGCGUAUCAAUGCCAAGCAAUCUGAAUUGAAUGCGGUUCAACAAGAAAAGGAGGUUAUUCAGCAGGAACUCACCAAAGCUCAGGAAGCACUCAACCAGCUCAAAUCGAAACCAGUCGAGCAACAAACUACGCCAAUGGAAGUCGAGGCCGCAACUGUCACUCCAGCCGUGCCCCAGCUUGCGCCUUCUGCUACUCCAGGAGGCGACGAGGAGAAGAUCAAAGCACUGGAAGAAAAGGUUGCUCGUUUGGAGGCUGCUUUGGCCGAAAAGGAAGCCCAGUUCGACGCCAAGCUCAAGGAACGAUCCGACAAGAUGAAGGAAGCAUACAACAACAAGGUAGCAGAGCUUCGCAAAAACCACCAGCAAGAAUUGGAGAAUGUCAAAGCACAGCAGCAAGCGACUACCGAAACCGGCCAACCUACAGAACUCACGAUGCCUCGUACUCCUGCAAAGGGCGAUUCUGGAGAGUUGCCUGAACUUACAGACAGCCAAGCCAAGGAUCUUGUGGCUAAGAAUGAAACAAUCAAAGAUAUCAUCAAGCGCAACAUUCAAAACCAAGUUAACAAAGUUAAGGUACAAUUGCAACAAGAAGCUCGGGCCCAUGCCGCGGUUGCUGGUCCUAGUCCCGAGGCUGCCGCUGAGCUUGAGACUAAGCUUGCAGAAGAGCGAGAGCGUCUCAAGAAGGCGUCCGAUGAGGCCAUUGAGGAGAAGGUCAAAUCAGCUAUUGAGUUGAACGACAAGAAAAUUGCUGUCAAGAUCAGUAUGCUCGAGUCGCGUGCUAAGACAGCUACAGCGAAACUCCAGGUUGUGCAGAAGGCAGCUACGGAAACUCCAGAAAAGCCAGUUCGCGAGGUCUGGGAGGUUGCCAAAGACGCAAAAGCGCCACCUGCUACCCCGGCAACUCCAGCAAAGCCUGCUCCGGCGCCAACCCAGACACCUGUUUCGACACCUGCCGCUGUCACUAAUAACGUCGCUCCGGCGGCCGCUGCUACUCCAGCUCCGGUCCCAGCUCCCGCUGCUGCUCCUGCGGCCGCACAACCUCCAGCUCAGCAACAACAGGCCGAGAAUCCCUUCGCAGCAAUCAAAAAUCAACAGGCUCCUCAAACUCAGCCACAGAAUGUUUCAAGCCCUUUUGCAGUCAUCAAGGAUGGCCGAAAUCAACCAGCUCAGCCCAAUCAACAAGCUUCUAUUCCUCCAAAACUACCAGCAGGCGCGGUUGGUAACCAUCCCGGAUCUGGACCCGCAGCAUUACGGGCUCUACAGUCUGGACUCCCGAUUGCACGGGGACGAGGCGGCGGACGCGGAGGUGGCACGGCUCAUCAAACAACAGAACAGCAGCAUCAACAAGGCCAACCAAGCCAGCGUGGUACUGGUAUCCAACGAGGACGAGGACGUGGCCGUGGUGGUCAACAUGUUCAGUCCAAUGGACCUCAGAACGCGGGUCAGAUUCAGGAAAGUCCUGGUGGCAACAGAGGCGCACUAAAUGCUGGAGCACGGCAAUUCAUUCCUCAGGGCAACAAACGCCCGCGUGAAGAUGGUGGCGAGACAACCAGUGGUGAUGCCGGCGGUGCAGGAAAGAGAAUCAGAGGCGGCGGACAAAACCGGGGAUCGUGA